AUGUCCGGCCUCUUCCCCGCCUCCCUCAUCUCGAAAGAGGUCGCCGCCUCGCUGCCCGAAGGCUUCACCAUCCGGCCCCUCGCGAGGCAAGACUACGCAAAGGGCUUCCUCACGUGCCUUCGGGAUCUCACCUGGACAGGGGACCAGACCGAGCAAGAAUUCAACGAGCGCUACGACGAGAUGGACACGGGCGGCAACGGCCCUUACUACUACGUCGUCAUCGAGCACGCUGGCCGGAUCGUCGGUACCGGAGCCGUCGUCGUCGAAAAGAAGUUCAUCUGGAACCGCGGAAGCGUAGGCCACGUAGAAGAAAUCUGCAUCGCCAAAGCCCACCAGUCCAAGGGUCUCGGCCUGAAGAUGAUCAACGCCCUCGACUCCGUUGCCAGGAAUGUCGGAUGCAACAAGAGUCUUCUCAACUGUAGUGUCGAGAAAAGCGGCUUCUACGUCAAGUGUGGGUAUAAAUCUUCCGGCAUGGAGAUGCAGCAUCAGUUCAACAACGACCGGCAGGCGACGUAA